AACAGCAGCGAGUGUGUGUGGCCAUCGCCGUAGUUGAAUGUACUAGCAACAAUUAACGGACGAUGUCUCAGUUGCCUAUUCCAUUGCCUUUCGGACUAAGGUGGUUUCGCCCAUGACCAGUUAUACAAGCAUGAUCAGACCUGGGCAGCGGCGGGAGAACCACAAAGUGGCUUAUGCUCGAACUAUUACUGCAAAAACGGCUAAACUGUCAAGAGUGACUUUAUACGAACACGCCAGGAUCCGAAGUCGGAAUGUGCGAGCAGCGGCACUCGCUGUCAGCGGAGAGAAGAGUGACUCCAUCGCAAGCCGAAGACGUCAUCAAAUACGGGGAUCUCAUCUGCAAGAUCUACUAUUGCUUCUUCGGCUUUUUCGCGUCUUUUCUAUUCGCUCUAUAUACUUACACACGAUCGAUCUCAUUCCUGCUCCCCGAGUACCAAUAAUGGUUCCCUCCCAGGUCAAAAAAUCCUUGAAGCCGCUGAAAAAGAUGCUCGAUGUGGCAUUCGACUUCAUGCCUUGUCCGUAUUACAAAGACCGAACAGUUCGCAGGCGAAUUUACGACGCGGAUAAUCCUCAAACCUAAAUCACCGAGAAGGAACUAUAAAAGUCCUGACGAAGCUGGCCUAGAACCUAGAACAUCAAGUACAAAUCUUGAAACUUACAAUAUUUUACUCGUCUGGACAACUUAUCAGAUCAACUCAAGUGACAAUGGGAAGUGCGAUGAUACCAGCGGACGAUUAUAUCCUCGGAAGAAGCA